GACAGCAAUGUUGUCACUGAUGAGGCAUAACCAUAAAUGCUACUCACCCAUUAUAACUAUUAUUGUGGUGCCAAUCCUGCUGGGAGAAACACAAGCAGGGGAAUUAGCAAAAAAAGGCUGGGAGUGUCUUGUGCCCAUGUCUUGGUAAAGUGCUGUGUGAGCUGUCUGAGGUGUGAUGGCAUCUGGGACACAACAAGACCUCUCAUGGGUACUUCCACACUCCAUGCCACCUAGGGGAACACCAGCUGGAGGUAACCCUUGCACCAUGCUGACUCUGCACCAGCCUGCUGGGCACACAGGUUCAUAAUGGUUCAUAAAUAUGUCACACAGGGAACUCCUAAGGAUGUGUGAAAGAGCAGACCAAAGUGUGAUCAGACUUCCCAUCACUCCCAUCUUCAAAUUGGGGCCAGAAGAAAUGCCAAAUCAACCAGAGCCAUCAGAGCUGAGAAAGCCCCACUCGCACUACAGCUGCCUCCUUGCUUGCCUGCCGCCUGCCUUUGGUUGACCUAGUUGAGUCAUGGGGAGACAGUGAGUGAGAGACAUCCUGCGCUGUGGUUGUCACUGGCGCUGCCCUAAGGAGAACAUGUGCCUGUCCCAGAGGGAUGCUCCUGCCCUGAACAGAUGGGCAAGCCAGGGCAAAGGGCUAGGGCAGGGCUGGCUCCAAGCCAUGCCCAUGACAUGGCAGCCAGGCCCCCCUCCUGAAGCUGCAGUCUGGUUUCUCUUCCUCCGGCCAGUGCAAGGAGCACUGAUGAUGGUUCCAUUGGGCAAAGUUUGGAGGAGAUGGCACAGCUGCAGGCACAGGCUGGGGAGGUGGAGAAGCAGCCUGGUCAUGGGCAAACCCUGAAGGGACUUUGCUGAGUGCUAUACCCAGGUCAGACAAGUUGAAGCAAGUUAAGGCAUGUGCAAAUGCUUUUCCUCCUCAAAUCUCAAAGGAAAUGCGUCCACGUGCCUCAGCACCACAGGCUGCUAAGAAUAAAGGACCUCUAUGGGAUUCUGACUCUGUGUGCUUAUUGGCUUGGCACAGUGGGCAUGAACCAGCUCCUAGCUCCUGCCCACAGGUCAGCCUGCCCACAGCUCAGGGGUUCUGCAUCACCUUGGUGUAUUUGGCUUUUUUUGCACUGACCCAACUGCAUCCCAGCUCUUGUGGCUGUGACAGCUGUUAAUAAAAGAGCAGUUAAUACAAUACACGCAGCUCCUUCCCUGCUCCGGGCAGCAGGGCCAAAGGGAAGGAAAUGCUGUGAAACAAGACAACGUGGGCUCUUCUCCUCUUCCAGCCUUAGUGGGAGAGUUUGUGUUGGCAGGGGAAAGAACUCAGGGGAGUGAACUCUUCCCUUUUGCAGAGUGAGUAAUAUGUUGCAAAAGCUACUAAAAUUAGAGCACUAAAAGAAUGUCUAAAAAUAUCACAUGGACUUAAAAAAAGCACAGAAUCCCUGAGCACUACACAAGAAGGGGAUAAUUUACCAAGAAAAAGUUGUCAUGAAAUGCCAGAGUCAUAACUCACCGUUCCUGUGGUCUCAUGGUAAAAAUACUCAACGUUCUUUCCGCUCAGUAUCGGCGCAGGAGCCUAUCCUGAAGGCUGCAGCUAUUGAAAAAAAAUGGAUGUAUUGUUCAGUGUGUGUGUUCCAGAAGCAGCAGACAGAGAAGAACAGAGUACUGCUGGGAUCAGACUCUGACAUAUCCCCAGGGCCCCUGCGUCCGCCCCGAGGAGCGCAGCACUCUCUUGUCUGUCCAGAAAACACGAGGCUUGAUUACCCAAAGGCACACAGACUUGCUAUGGAAUGCCAAGAAGAGCCUUUGGGGAUCGUGUAGGGCUUAUCGUGGGAUGUCUGUGGGAAGAACAAGGAGAAAGGGAGGGACCAGUGCAGUCUGGGGAGGAACAAGCAUGGAAAAACAGGGAAAAAGGACAAAAAGGGCACUGGGGUGCUGCUCUGGCUGUGCCAUGUCUUCUGACUGAGCUCUCUUUAUAGCUGUCUCCCAGGUGAGGAGCUCUGUUCAAAGCAUAGAGCAUGUAAGGAAGUGGAAGCAGCAGUACAUGGAGGGAGCAUCGAACCCUAGCAGCUGCAGGAACUGGGGUGCAGGAUGCAUGAUGGUGUGUGCAAGUGCUAGCACACAGCAAGCCAGGCCGGCUGGUGACUGUGGCCCUCCUGUGCUCCUCGUCCCUGCCCUGCUGGCAGAGAUGGAAGAACAGUCAGAUACGGAACUGAGAAAGCACAAUGAUCAGAAGGACUGUGAAAAGGAGCCUGCUGGCAUCAUGACUGAUGAUGAGUGGAAGGGCUGGCAAAAAGGACAGGCUAAGAGGAACACGCUGUAUCUCGUGUCUGCAGCCACUCAGUGGAUAUUACUGCUUGCCUGCUUGAUUUACCUUGGUACAGAUUCUCUGCAACUCUGGACGCCUCACAGUGACAAAGUCAAGUGGACCUUCAUCCGGUACACAGGCCAAAGCAUUGCAGGAGUGGCCAUGAAUCUCAGUGCUGAAUUUACCUCCAUUCCUGUCAUAAACGGCUCCAUCGUGAUCCCCUGUGAUGGCCUCUACGUGGUGUCCCUGAAGGGUGUUCUUUCUCCUGACCUGGAGAAGGGCUCACUGAAGCUGAUGAUGCAGAAUACAGAAAACAAGAAUGCCCCACCCCUCUGGGAGCGAGAUGUCCAGAACAGCAGCAACGCAGUAGAUCUCAUCACGAUACUCUACUUGUUUGCUGAAAAUAACAUCAUGCUGUCAACCAGCUCGAACGCCACAAUCCAGCAUUUGACAUUUAGCCUUGUUCUACUAAAUCCCAUUUUUUGCAACUCAUAGAUGAUGGCAUGAAACAACACAUAAAGUACAGCUUUUCCUACUGAUCUAUUUGAACGUAGGAGGCUUGUUCCCCAGGCUGUACUUGUACAGGCAGACUCCCUCCUUGGGGCUCUGGAAAGCCUCAGCUGGGGUGCAGAUAAAUCACAAUGCAAACAGGCUUCAUAUAGCGCACGCAUCUCUUUGGAGCUCUACGCAGCUAGGAUGGAUCCUUCUAACACUCAACAAAGGGGUGUGUGAAGCCAUUGAGGACAACAGAGAUGAAAGCCAAAGAAAUGUAUCCGAGCUUCACUCAUAUUCAGAGAAACCCUGGUUGUCUCUAGUCACUUGGCAGUACCUGUAUAUAAUACAAACGCGCUGUAUAUUUGCUAAAAUAAAGUGCUGAAUCAGGAAGAUACGCCAGGAAGAUACUGCCUUUGCAGAGAACUGGGUAAAUGCUCUCUGGCAGGUAAAGGCCAUAAAGGGAAGGUGGGCUUCCAAAAGAAGCUAACAGGACUCAACUGGACUGCAGGAAGGUCCUGCAGCUACCUUGGGAUCUGUAGGAGCAGCUAUGAGAGAGAAGGCUCGCAGGCCAUCCCAGCUGUCUGCAGAGUAUUGAUCCUGAGCCAUGUGUCAGGUAGGAUGUUUACAUCUUGAUGCCAGGUCUCAGAGGUGUUAGUCUGAAGGAGAAUCUCCCUCAAAAACACACACAGAGAAUGGCUCAACCCAAAAGUGAUCCAGGUACCUGAAGUUUGGGAAGAAGCAUGAAGGCCCUUGGUAACUUCUCUCUGACGGACCAAGUGGAACCUGAAGGUCUGCACAUCUCCUCAGGGAGGACCGGAUAGGUCCAAAGAGUCUUGCUAUGAAGGUAUGCACCACAAAGAUGUUCACAACCCAACUUCCAUGACACAUCUGUGCACCCAUACGUACCCUGCCUGGCUUCUGCCAGAAUCCAGAGACAGGCUGUUCCUGGCCACUGGACCAGGAGCCCAUGUUGCAGACAGCAGCUACUGAGGACAACACUGUCUGUGCCCUGAGCACAGCAGGCAGCUGUGGCAUUUCUGAUUGAACUAGGGCAGAUUUUAAGGACAAGUUGACCAUCUGGCUUCCAGUGAACCCCAGCAACAUUUCAGCAUCUCCUCGCUGACUGUACGCUCCAAAGUCUAUUAUUAAAGGUAUUUAUAUAUUUAUACUAUAGGCAUGAGAAUGUUAUUUCUUAGAAACAUCCAAAGGGAAGGGUUGCAACUUCAGGUUGUCAGAACCAAAUUCCACUUGCAGAUUUUCCCCAUGCCACAGAGCUUUCCUGCUCUGAUCAACUCCUCAGCAACCACCUCUGCAGACACAGGUGUCAAAGGCAGCUUCAGAAAUCCUCCAGACUUUGGUGAGCAUUUCCAUGCACAUUAUACUAUUUCUGGCACCUUUUACA